AUGGCCGGACCGGGACAUACUCCCCGUAGUCCCCAGGCGAGACCAAAAGCGACUCCGCCUGCUACAAAACGCCAAUCAAUAUCCGCCACAGUCGCAGUGGGCAGUCUCCACUGUGCCGCCAGAGUAGGUGUGGACCGUCCCGACUUGUCCUCAGUCUGCUGUCCCGGUUUGGUCGACAAGUACGUCAUCAGUGACGGGCCGAUUCCGAAGAGGAUGAUGAGAGCUAGCGAUGGAUCGAAGCGUGAAGGGUCGGACAAGAAGGCAAAGAACCGCAGAACCUUGGCUGGGUCAGCCAUUCCUGAGAAUAGCAGCCCCAAGCCGAAUUCCAGACCGGCCAGGUACGAGAAUAUGGUUUUUGAGCGCUCAGAUCUAUCCAGGGUACGGGGCACGACGACGAAGUUCACCACGGAUGUGACUACUGUGGUGGGUGUUCCACCGGCACAUGGAGGAAUGUUGGAGCCGCCGGCGAAGAAAUUGGCUGUGAGCAACGCGGUGGUGAAGAAGACAGCAGUAGCAAUGAACGAGCGUGGAGACAAUCGGGAAAUGCCACAGAGCAUGUGGCCGGACGUGCAACCUCGACCGUUCUAUCUCACGAUGUCGUUAGCAAUCACAGCUCUCGCGUCUCAAGAGGAGAGGAAUCAUUCAUCUACCUUUGUACCCCAUCCCAGCAGAAACCCAUGGCCCACAGUCAACAGCCACGUCACCCAGGAACUCGGUGCAGCAGGAUAUGACGGAAUGGCGGAAGGCAAUAAAAGGGCGACGGGGACAACACUCGACACCAGACCAGCAAUGAGAGCCACAUUAUCUCUUGUCGGAUUCAGUACAGCGCCCGACAAGAGCGAAGAGAUACCCAACACAGCACCAUUGUGCAACAACAAUCCCGUAGAGCCCUGGAAGAGCAUCAAGGCCCCGAGCGUGGUAUGCACGGGCGUGAACAUGUUGAGGCUAUACAGCGAGUAG